GGCGUCACAUCCGCCUGCUACAGUCCAGAGAGGGGGGAGAUUUAAUUAUCAGGCUGGGAGCGAAAAACGUCCUCACUGCAUGAGAUCCUGACAGUAAAAAAAAGGAGUGUGUGAAAGACUGAGAGCUGGAGGAGGCUGAACUGGCGUGUAACCCACCCCAUCAGCAGCAACAUACAGAGCCGCCCUAAAUCAGUGAGUGGCUCAGUGAGGUCUCACUCAGACCCACACAGAUACCAGAGACACAAGCACCAGAUACCUCCAGGACAAGCAGCACGCCUCGAAGUUUCUCUCCUCAGUUCAACACAACUGUGUUCAACUCUCGACUGCUGCUGUGAACCGGGGGGAGACGGACGAUGAAGGCAGCUGGCGACCAACCGACUUUGACAAUCAUUAAAACCGAGAAAACUGACGAUCUAGAAUGUGGAGAUAUACCCUUGCUGACACCCAGCAGCAACAAAAUGAUGUCUCAAGCCCUUAAGGACACAUUCAGUGAAUUCACAAGGGUACAGCAAAGACUGGGAAUUCCAAAAGACCCACGACAAUGGAUGGAUGAGCAUGUGACUCACUGGUUAACCUGGGCUGUGAAUGAAUUCAGUUUGAAGAAUGUAGAUUUCCACCAGUUGCGAAUGAAUGGAGCCACUCUAUGUGCCCUGGGCAGGGACAGCUUUCUGGAGUUGGCCCCUGACUUUGUGGGUGACAUCCUGUGGGAACAUCUUGAGCAACUUCAGAAAGAAUGCCAAGAAGACAUCAAGCCCUACGUGGUAAACGGCGUGGUUUCCAGUUACUCUGAAAACAGCCUCUUUUCAACCUAUCCCUUGGGGUACGGCAGUGAACAUGCACAGUGUGUUCCUCCAUCUGAAUACUCCGACCCAGGAUUUAUUACAGAGUCCUACCAAACCCUUCAUCCUAUCAGCUCAGAGGAACUGCUGUCUCUAAAGUAUGAACCGGAUUAUCAGGCUGUGAUCACUCGCGAUGCUCCUGUGGAGUCACUGCAGGCCGAGUAUUAUCUCAAACAGGAAGUGGUGUCUCCUGACAACAUGUGCGUGGGCCGCAUUAGCCGAGGUAAACUCGGUGGCCAAGAUUCCUUUGAGAGUGUUGAUAGUUUUGACAGUUGUGACCGCUUAACUCAGUCCUGGAGCAGCCAAUCCUCAUUCAACAGCCUUCAGCGAGUGCCCUCCUACGAUGGCUUCGACUCUGAGGAUUACUCCAGCAAUCUUCCCAAUCACAAGCCCAAAGGGACAUUCAAAGAUUACGUGCGAGAUCGAACUGACCUAAAUAAAGACAAGCCAGUGAUUCCUGCUGCUGCUCUGGCAGGAUACACAGGGAGUGGGCCCAUCCAGUUGUGGCAGUUUCUGCUGGAGCUCUUGACUGACAAAUCUUGUCAGUCAUUUAUCAGUUGGACAGGUGAUGGCUGGGAGUUCAAGCUCGCAGAUCCUGAUGAGGUGGCCAGACGAUGGGGAAAGCGGAAAAACAAACCGAAGAUGAACUACGAGAAGCUGAGCCGAGGCCUGCGUUAUUAUUAUGACAAGAACAUCAUUCACAAAACAGCAGGCAAGCGUUAUGUGUAUCGGUUUGUUUGUGACCUUCAGAGCUUGCUGGGCUACACACCAGAGGAACUACAUGCCAUGCUUGAUGUUAAACCUGAUGCCGAUGAGUAAGGGGUACCUGCUUGUGGGACUGGAUUCCAAGCUGUGCUCACUUGUGGGACUUGUGUAUGGUUUGUUUGCUUAAGCUUCGUAGAGAAAGCCAGAAAAAAUCAUUGCAUUGAAGGUGGACAUUUCAAAACGAUGCACAGCUCUACAAAGACAAACCAAGCCAGUUUCUUCUUUUAAAAAAAAUCAUCUUUAUUUGUGUUUUUUGGUUUUGUAACCUCUCAUUUUUCCUGCAUUACUAGUGCAGCAGACAGACUGUGUAAGGAUUGUGAUGACAUUGUGCAUUGUAGGACACAGGAACACUGCCCGAAAGGAAAACCAUUGCCACUGAUGGGCAGCUGCAUGACUGUCACAGGCAUCAUGCCUGUUGACAGCUUUGGCACAUUGGUGAACUGAAGUUAAUGGAUAAGGUAGUCAGUAUUUUAAGUAUUUGCCAGUAUUUUUUUUUUGUUUUAAGCUUAUAUCUAAGAUGGUCUCAGUAUUUGCAGCCUUGUGUAGGAACCUUACCAGCUCUGAUAUGAUCAAGUUUUGAAGGUGGGUAGACAACAUCAAAGAUGACUGUAGUAAGAACCUGAAAGGGGGCUUUAAUAGGUUGAAAAACAUGCCAACAAAGUUACAUUACACCAAGCCUGCUGGAAAUUGUACCUUUGUUCUUUGUCCAGUGUGACAAUUAGUGUGGUUGAUUGCAUUUAUUGUUUUUUUAAUAUAAAAUAGUGAACUACAAAGAAACAAAAGAUGAGAUGCUUUGAAGCACUAUUGUAGUUACCCAUACUGUCUAACACAACUGUACAAAUAUAUAUAUAUAUAGAGAGAGAAUGUGUAUUGCAAUAUGUUCUGUGAACAAGACCAUUUCUGGGAAUGUGUUUUAGAAAGCUACCUGAAUAAGUAGAUUGAACACUGUCCCUAGUGGUAUUCCAAAUAGGUCCAAUGGGAUGGAUAUGAUUCUUGAUUAGAUCUCCAGUUUGAUCAAACAUCAUAAAAUGAAGCGUAGAAGUAUAUGUAGGUCCAACUGAGGCCUCACAACUCUGUAACCUUGCAGAUGAACUGAGUUAAGACUGUCUCUGCCCACUCUGCAGGUAAGAAGAGUUUAAAGGAGAGGAGUAUCAGUGAAUUAAUGGCCAUUUCAAACUUUCAAAUAUCCUGUGAUGAAUGAUUGGAAAGUUGCUUGAAGUUAAGGAAAAUUCCAUUGUUAAGGCUAAGCAAGGGAAGGCCAGGUUUACUGGUGCAUUUGUGUGACUACUGAACUAGAAAGGCUUUAAGUAUGUCACUGGAUAUAAAUUGGAGAUGAUUAUUCUUUCCCAUCUUCAAUGAGCCAAAGACUGUUGUAUAAUUUUGUUCUAAAACAUUUGAGCAGGGUGCCUAUAUAUUGUCUGGAAUGCACUGUGUAACUUCACUUUGUGUUUCUGCUCUCUUUUCCUAGUCAAUUUGCUAGAGGGAUGUUUCUGUCAACCAUCUGAGUCACUGUCUCAGACCCAUGUAGCUCAGUCUGACUGUACCAAGCGCACGUCAGUGUAGAACUGAGGUGCUGCACUGGGAGAUAUCAGCUAGUUCUUUUAUGGUUAAGUGCCCCGCAAGCAGCAUUAUCUUUCUGACGAGCACAUGUGUCUUUAUUGAAAAUGAUGAAACUGGAGUAAUAGAGCAAAGGAAUUUUGGCAGAAUGGCAAGACCAUGUGGGAAUUUCGUAAUCAAAUGCUGAAGAGUUAUAUAUAGCUGUGGUUUGUUACCAAAUGUUUCUCAAUAGCACCAUUCCAGAACAAUACAUUAAGUAAGAGUCACCGUCAGAAAUGUUGGGAAAUGCAGUGCUGGGAUGUAAAUAAAAGAAAGGCUUGCAUUUACACAGCCCCUUUCAUGACCUCAGCAUAUCCAAAAUCAAUUUAGUGUCAGUGGAGUACUUUGAAGGGUAGCCACUGUUUUAAUGUAGGAAGCACCGGUAGCCAAUUUGCACAGAGCAAUGGUCACACAAAUAGCAAUGUGACAAGGAUCUUAUAAUCUGCUUUAUCAGCUAAGUAUUGACGCGGACAUUAAUCUGCAUCUAUGAUUUCUCCCACGCAGAGAACUCUUAACUUUCAAUGUUUCCUGGAAAGGCAAUUACUGAAUGAAAGGCUAGUUAAUUUUCAGAGGAAGGGAAAGCUGCAGAGCCAGCUAUUCCAUUUAGGAAGGCUGUCUUUACUUAGUGUAUGGAAGUUGAGAUGGACAGGCUUCCUAAUGAGUGCUUAGUUUUGCUUCCCUUGACAGCAAGAGCAAGAGUGGCAACAGUACUGACUCCCAGCUUAGUCAGCACUACAGAGAUCGAUUACAAAUAAUGCCCAGAGGCACAUGGUGUAGCAAGUCUUCUGAGGACAAAAGGUGAAGGAGGGGAGGCUACAGCUAGCCUCAUAGAUGUAUGAUGAGUGUGACUGCACUAGGGAAAAAUUAGUUUGCAACUUGUCCACUUUCUAUCGCCAUUUCAGGGGUGAUGUCAGAAUUACUGCUUGAUAUCCCUUGGGAAUUGAGUAACAGUGAAGAAUAGCUUGAACCUCGCUCUGUCGGGCCUAGAUUGACUGCAUCAUUUGCAGUUCAUCAUUCAGUUGGUUAAGGAAUAAUCUGUUUCUAAACAUACCUGUAUAUCUCACUGGUGUAAGCAGAGAAGGGAACUGUAGUUAUAUGUUGCAAGUAUGUAGAGAGUGUGUUACAGGAAACCUUGAAAUGUCCACAUGUAUUGUCCAGAAGCACAGAUCACUGCUUCAGAGUUGCCGGGACCAGAUAUUAACCCACCAUAUGUUCCAUUGGCUCUGUGAUGUUUAGAUUAAAUCCAAAAUAAUUGCCUCAACGGAAUAGUUUCUUACUGUAGGUUUAAAGUCUAAAAUAGUGGAUAUAAAAAAAGAUAUUUUAUGUAUUUUGUUCAAGACUUAUUUUUUAGCUUUUUUAAGAAUAAUUUAUAUUUUUUAAAAGGACAAAAAAGCAAAACGAAAGCUGGUGCUUUGUAAACUGAGGUAGCUUAGAGAUGUAGCGAUCUCAUUGGAGCAGAGUGAAGAUUCCUGUAAGUUUAGUUGCUGAUGCUGGCACAUCAUGUUGCUGGAGAUAUUUUAUAUAACUGUACUCUUUCUAUGCUGUUACACAUUGUGGAAAUGCUUCAUAAAAAGAAAUGAGCUGUGAAAUUUGGAUUAUUUUGACUCCAAUGUAAUACCCAUGCCAAUGUUCAACGAUUUUGACAUCAAAGUUGUUAGAAUCUACCUCCUGUAGCUCCAAUUCAAACUCUGCCCUCUGCGGACUGAAUGUGAGACUCUUAUUGCCUCCAUAUCCAUUUGAGAUGGAACUGAAGACUCUGUUUUUAUGAAGAUUAUCUAGAAUUAUUUCAAUAAAAGAAAUUCUUAUUCUUUUGAA